UUUGCUUUACUAAACCGCAGCCCCAAUUGCGUAAUAUUCCAUUGGCAUCUUAUUUAAUUCACAUCUUUUUGCAAACCCAAUGUGACUCAAAUGGGUGCAUCGCACGGGGCAUCAAUCCCACCUAUAUAAGCCCCUCCCACUCUAAGCCUCAAUUUCACCACAAAAAUAAGAAAGCAUAGAGAAAAAAGAGAUCCAAGUCUCAAAUUCAUUUUCCAGAAUGGCCGGAAUUACGAUAGUGUUCGACUUCGACAAGACGAUGGUCGACGUGGACAGCGAUAAUUGGGUCGUCGACGAGCUCGGCGCCACCGACUUGUUCAACCAGCUCCUCCCCACCAUGCCCUGGAAUUCCCUUAUGGAUGAAAUGAUGAGUGAGCUGCAUGCACAAGGGAAAACCAUUGAAGAUAUCAAGGAUGUUUUGAGAAGGAUUCCUAUACAUCCCAAAAUUGUGCCUACAAUCAAAACAGCACAUGCUUUAGGAUGUGAUUUGAGGAUAGUGAGUGAUGCAAACCUAUUUUUCAUCGAAACGAUUGUUGAUCAUCUUGGAAUAAAGGAUUGCUUCUCAGAAAUCAACACGAAUCCGAGCUAUGUCGACGAAGAAGGGAGGCUCAGAAUCUCUCCUUUUGUUGAUUUUCAGACAGCCCCUCAUGGCUGCAGCCUCUGCCCUCCAAACAUGUGCAAGGGCAUGAUCAUAGACAGAAUUCAAGCCACUUUAGCCAAGGAAGGGAAGCAGAGGAUCAUAUACCUCGGCGAUGGGGCCGGAGAUUUUUGCCCGAGUUUGAAGCUGAGAGAUGGAGAUUUCAUGAUGCCGAGGAAGAACUUCCCGGUUUGGGGCUUAAUAUGCGAAAAUCGCGCACUUUUGAGAGCUGAAAUACACGAAUGGAUCGAUGGAGAAGACAUGGAGAAGAUUGUGAUGAAGCUCAUAGAGAAGAUCAAGAUUCAAGAUUCAGUUCAAUUGUUAUCAGUUGAUUUCAAGAUUGAGACAAUGCCUAUAGCCUUGCCCCAACCAGUCAAAGUUCACCAGUAGGAUUCAAAAAAUUAUACUACUAUAAUUUGGGCUGAAUUAAAAAGAAAAUGUGGAAAGUUUUCAGCCCUUGAUUUAGUUUGUUGCUUUCUUCUUUUGAUUGUGAAGCGUAACGGAUAGUUAGAUUUUGAUUGGUGUGUUUUGUGAAGAAAAAGGAGCAUAUUCUUUUGCUCCUCGUAUGAUACGACUCUAAUUUGUGUGA